AGCAAGCAUCGGCAUAAAACAUCGUUGACGAACGCGACCUCCCUCCCCCCUCGGCAUAACAUUAUUGUUCUUUGGAUCGUCUCUCAAUCAUGUCCAAGGGCGUGAAGUACUGUCUCAUCUCGCUACCCGCAUCCAUUGUCCCAUCAAGCCACCACGACGAAGCACUCGAGCAUGUUCGGAAGACAGUAUCAGACAAUGGAUCAACCUACGCUUUCUCGAUCCCUGGAUUCAAGAUAGGCUCACUUGAUGCACUGGUGCAACAAGCGGAUGAUCUUGCAAAGCUCGAGAGCGGUUGUGAAGGUGUGGUCAAUAAGGUUGGGGAUUCGCUACGAAGUUUGCUUGAUGGCGACGAGAGCAAGAUCACACAGCAAAAAACAAUCAAUGAUAAGCCUGUCGACCAGUACCUGCGCUCAUUUCAAUGGAACAAAGUCAAGUAUAGGGCUGACAAGUCGAUAUCAGAGCUCAUCGACUCUCUCCACAAAGAAGUUGCCAGCAUUGACAACGACGUAAAAGCAAAGUUCAACCAGUAUAACCAGGUUAAGACUAAUCUUGCUGCCUCACAACGACGUCAAACGGGUAAUCUUUCGACCCGGUCGCUUGCUGCCAUUGUACCACCUAAGGCCCUCAUACAAGAUUCUGAAUAUUUGGACACUCACCUCAUAGCUGUACCCAACCAACUCCUCAAAGACUUUCUGAAGUCAUACGAAACACUAACGCCCAUGACUGUCCCGCGAUCGGCGACACAAGUCGCCUCGGAUGACGAAUUUACUUUGUAUACGGUAGUGACCUUUAAGAAGCAUAGCGCUGAAUUCAUCCACAAAUGUAGAGAGAAGAGGUGGACGCCAAGAGAGUACAAAUAUAAGGAAGGAGACAAGGAGGAGGAGCGGAAGGAAGCCGAGCAGCUUAGCCAAGACGAGCGGAAAGUCUGGGGCGAGGCAUUACGACUAGGAAGGACAGGCUACAGCGAAAGCGCUAUGGUCUGGGUGCAUGUUCUGGCGCUGAGAGUCUUUGUGGAGACCGUCCUGAGAUACGGCUUGCCUUUGGACUUCGUUUGCGCGUUAGUACAGACAAAUCCCAAGGUAUUGAAGAAGGUGAAGACCUCCUUAGAGGGAGAGUACUCAUACCUUGGUGGCAACGCGUUUGGCAAGGACAAACAAGGUCGCGUCAAGAAGGAUGAUACAGCGCUAACGAAUGAGAUGCAAGCCACCGGGCAUGCCGAUGGCAACGAGUAUACCGCAUAUGUUUACUAUGAGUUCGAGAUAGUAUAAAAGGAAUGAGAAACUGCAUAGCCUGUGCUAUGACAGUGUUGCCCGAGCCGCUCACAGCUAGUCGAAUACUUCACAUGUUCGUC